CAUGUAACUGCGUGCGCAUGUAUGUGUGCGUUCUGAGUAGUGUGUGUGGGUUUUGAUGGGCCAGUUUUCUUUGAGAUAAGAAUUUUGGCAAGCGUGGGGGUUGAGCAAGCGCUGGCCAGGACGAACUUCCUUCCUCGCCUGGUCCGAAAGAAAAUAUAUAAACGGGGACUAUGAUCAGCUUCCAGACGUAUCAGCUUCAGGUCGUCGAGCGCAGAGGUUUUUAUCACAAGCUUUUCUAACGUCGACAUUAUGAUUCCUACAACAAACGCGCUGCUUAUUUGUGUGCUUUUCCUCUGCGGGCUGGAGGAAACGGUCCUCUCCCAGCACGGACAUUGCACCGGGAAACAAUGUUUUGCGCUUUUCCAGGAGUCCAAGGACUUCCCAGGCGCACAGAAAAAAUGCAAGGAGUUUGGACAGUUAUUCGAGUUCAGUUUAGAACACCUAGUGAAGAUAUUUAAGAGUCUACCCAGCGGGCUCAGCGGUAGUUACUGGCUGGAUCUGCAUGGCACUGGCAGCACAACAGGUCUCCAAAACUGCUCAUCCAUCUCCGCGUCGACGGAACGGAACUUCACGGUGUUGUCGGAGCCGUGCAGUGAAAACCUGAGCGGAUUCCUGUGCCAGUAUACAAUCCCAGGGACGACUUGCAGCGGGCUGCAGGCAGGCGGCGGCGUACAGGUGAAGUACUUCUCGCACAUGAGCUUCGAGGUGAAAGACUCCGAAACGUUUCCAGAAGGAACCACCGCUGUAGCGGAAGAGCCUGGCGCCAAAUAUCCGCACUCGAAGCAUUUGUGUUACUCGAAGCAGUGGGUGCCAGCUCCCUGGAUAUGUGAGGUGAUGCGGGGCGGCUGUGAGCACAACUGCAAUUCCACAACAAACACCUGCCUUUGCCCCACCGGGCAAACUCUCCGUCCCAACAAAAUCAGCUGCACCGAGGAUCCGUGCGCCGAGUGCGCGCAGGGGUGCCAGCAGGAGGGCUGCAAGUGCUGGGAAGGCUACAGGCUGGCGCAGGACGGGAGGAGCUGUGUGGACGUGAAUGAGUGUGAGGAGGAGAACCCGUGCACAGGUGAGCGGACACAGUGUGAGAACACCAAGGGAGGGUUCGAGUGCAGGUGCAAAGAGGACUUUGUUGAAGAGGAUGGAGUGUGUGUGGAUGUUUCAAUCUGUGAUAACUGUGAGCACAUGCUGUGUGAUAAAGUUAAUGGGGUGUAUGGGUGUGUGUGCCGGAAGGGGUACAAGGUGUCAGCCAGAGAUCCCACCAAGUGUGAGAGGAACUGCACAGAGAGAGACUGUCCGGCAAAGUGCAUCCAAAACUCUGACAUUGUCCAGAAGGACUUGCUUCAGUGUUUCUGCCCUGAUGGGUACAUUCUAGAUGUGACCAACACCACCACCAUUUGCACCGACAUCAAUGAAUGUGAGAUUGAGAAGCCAUGUGAUCACAAGUGUGAAAAUCUACACGGUGGUUUCACAUGUCUGUGCGACAAGGGCUUCAAGCUGCACAAAGGGUACAAGUGUGUGUCCACUGAUGAGGAGGAUGAGGAGGAGGAGGAAGGAUCAGGCUCCACUCCUCCACACCCCACGCUGGCCGGUGCUCACCCAGCCGCAGUGCCCUCUUAUGUCAAGACCGGCAGCGUCCUGGGUAUCACUUUGUUUCUGGUGCUGUGCAUGGCCCUGCUGUUUUUCCUGCUCCAGAACGUGGUCAAACGUUGUGGCAAAUUUCAGCUUCAUUCCUUCAAACAUCCAAAUAUCGACAUUUUCUACCUGCAGCAGGUGACCACAGAGACGUAUAAGAGGUUGUCCUUCGACAAGCCGUUUAAAAACGACCCGCAAAUACUUUAAUAGCACCUGUGAGGAAGUGUGCUGCUUUUUGGACCUUCUCCUCAUGUCACAUUGCACUGUUUUUCCUCGGAGACGUCAAAUGUACAAUAUAAAACGUUAAUUGGAAACUUAAAGCAGCAACCAAUCACAUACUGUAGGGUCAUAGUCCACAUCACAUUUGAAAAUGCACAUAAAAUAGGGUUCCAACUGAGGAUUAUUUCAUUUUCGAUUAAUCUGUCGACCUUUUCCCAAAGAACUGAUCACUUGUUUGGUCCAUAAAAUGGUUAAAAUGUUGAUCACAGUUUCUCAAAGCCCGAGGUGAUGACCUCUUGUUUUGUCCACAACCCAAAGAUAUUCACUUUACUGUCACAGAGGACUCAAGAAACCAGAAAAUAUUCACAUUUGAGAAGCUGAAAUCAAAGAAUUUAUCAAAAUAGUUUGCGAUUAAUUUAAUAGUUGACAAAUAAUCAAUUAAGUGACUAAUUAAUUGCAGGUCUAACACAAAACAGAGAUAUGGGACUUUAAAGGAAGACAGCGUAAUACAUUAUGAAUGUAGAAUAGAUAUAUGUAUGGAACUGUGCUUUAUUUGCCUUAUAGUUAUACCCUGUAACAGAACAUUUAGGUUUUUUUUAUUAGGCAGAUAUUUGGAGUUUUAUAUACCAUAAAUAAUAGUAUAAUGGUACUUGUGCAGUCUCAAAU